GGAAGGGGAAAAACUUUUAUUUUUUCUAUUUUCUUCUGGAGCUGAAGUGAAGAGCAGGCGACUGCGCCAGCGCGGGCUUCCGGGAAAAGCCCGGCGCGACCCCAGCCCGGGGCGCGCGGCGAAGCCAGGCCCGGGCGGCCCGAAGGGGCGGCCGCCAUGUGGGACCCUCAGGACUUUGAGCGCCACUGGCAGGCCGAGUUCCCCGGGGAGGAGGCACCAGUCAUGCGGCUGGAUUCGGUGCUGGACAUGGAGCGGGAGCUGGAGCGCUGCAAACUCAACCUGAAGCGGCUGCAACAGGUGUUGGCUGAGGAGAAGUUCAAAGUCUCCUAUCUGCAGGCGGCCCUGGCCGGGGAGAAGCGGGACCUCGGCUGCGGGCGCUUGGAGGGCGGAGACGGCGACAGCCCGGGAGCUUGGGCAGAGGAGCCGGCGCCGGCCGGGCCGGAGCGGGCGCCGCCACCGCGCGAGAAGGAGGGCGCCGCGGGCGGCGGCGGAGACCCCCCAGGCCCCUGGCGUUCGGCCCCGGGGGUGGCCGCGAAGGCCGAGACUCCUCCCUCCGCGUGCCGGGACCUUCCCACCUGGCCCCGGCCGGCCGGGGCCGGGGGCGCGGUGCGCACCUUGACCGCCGCCAUCCACCAGCAGCUGCAGCAGCCUCGCCUCCUCUUCAGGCCCCAGGAGGACCACGCGCCCCCCGGCCACGAUGAUACAGUCCCCAGCGCCCAGGGAAAGGAGUCGUCCUCCGGGACCCGCGCGGGGCGGGGCUCGGAGGAGGGCGAGCCGGACGCCUCGGUCGCAGAUGAUGGGGGCAACAGCAGUGACCACGACUUCGAGAUGGUGGAUUUGAACGAGAAAUUCGUCCUCGGCCACUUACUCGUGGCCCCCUGCCGGCUCGGGGCCCGCGAUGAGGCCGAAAGGCCGGGGCGGGCGGGCAGCCCCCAUCGCUGGAUGCACCUGAUCCCCGGGGGCUGGCGGCCCCAGCUCCGGAGCCGCGACCUGGAGCAGCUGGAGGCUGAGGCCAAGGACGGGCGGAGCUCGCCCCUGGCGGCGGAGGAGCACCCCCGGCGCGGGGCUCGCGAGCACCUACCCCCGUGGCGGCGCAAGAGGUUCCUGCGGGUGCCGGAGCGGGACUCGCCCAGCCACAGCUCUCCCGAGAGGGGCAGUGACUGCAGCCACAACAGCUCGGACCACGAGGACGGCUUCUCUGCAGACUUCAGCUACGGGACAGACGACUACGACGGAGAGGGGAAUGAGGAGCAGAAGGGGCCCCCGGAGGGCUCAGAGACCAUGCCGUACAUCGACGAGUCGCCCACCAUGUCACCCCAGCUCAGUGCCCGUGGCCAGGGCGGCGGGGACAGCAUCUCCCCCACCCCACCCGAGGGGCUGGCACCUGGGGUGGAAGCAGGGAAAGGCCUGGAGAUGAGGAAGCUGGUUCUCUCGGGGUUCCUGGCCAGCGAAGAGAUCUACAUUAACCAGCUGGAAGCCUUGCUGCUGCCCAUGAAACCCCUGAAGGCCACAGCCACCACCUCCCAGCCCGUGCUCACCAUCCAACAGAUCGAGACCAUCUUCUACAAGAUCCAGGACAUCUAUGAGAUCCACAAGGAGUUCUAUGACAACCUCUGCCCCAAGGUGCAGCAGUGGGACAGCCAGGUCACCAUGGGCCACCUCUUCCAGAAGCUGGCCAGCCAGCUUGGCGUGUACAAAGCAUUUGUGGAUAACUACAAAGUCGCUCUGGAGACAGCUGAGAAGUGCAGCCAGUCCAACAACCAGUUCCAGAAGAUCUCUGAGGAACUCAAAGUGAAAGGUCCCAAGGACUCCAAGGACAGCCACACAUCAGUCACUAUGGAAGCUCUGCUCUACAAGCCCAUUGACCGCGUCACCAGGAGCACCCUGGUCCUCCAUGACCUGCUGAAGCACACACCUGUGGACCACCCAGACUACCCGCUGCUCCAGGAUGCCCUCCGCAUCUCCCAGAACUUCCUGUCCAGCAUCAAUGAGGACAUUGACCCCCGACGGACCGCGGUCACAACUCCCAAAGGGGAGACGCGACAGCUGGUGAAGGACGGCUUCUUGGUGGAAGUGUCGGAGAGCUCCCGGAAGCUGCGGCACGUCUUCCUCUUUACAGAUGUCCUACUGUGUGCCAAGCUCAAGAAGACAUCUGCAGGGAAGCACCAGCAAUAUGACUGCAAAUGGUACAUCCCCCUGGCCGACCUAGUGUUUCCAUCCCCCGAGGAGUCUGAGGCCAGCCCCCAGGUGCAUCCCUUCCCAGACCACGAGCUGGAGGACAUGAAAAUGAAGAUCUCGGCCCUCAAGAGUGAAAUCCAGAAGGAGAAAGCCAACAAAGGACAGAGCCGGGCCAUCGAGCGCCUGAAAAAGAAGAUGUUUGAGAAUGAGUUCUUGCUGCUGCUCAACUCCCCCACGAUCCCAUUUCGGAUCCACAAUCGGAAUGGAAAGAGCUACCUGUUCCUACUGUCCUCGGACUAUGAGAGGUCAGAGUGGAGAGAAGCCAUUCAGAAGCUACAGAAGAAGGAUCUCCAGGCCUUUGUCCUGAGCAGUGUGGAGCUCCAGGUACUCACGGGAUCCUGUUUCAAACUUAGGACUGUACACAACAUUCCCGUCACCAGCAAUAAAGACGACGACGAGUCUCCAGGACUCUAUGGCUUCCUCCAUGUCAUCGUCCACUCUGCCAAGGGGUUCAAGCAGUCAGCCAACCUGUACUGUACGCUGGAGGUGGAUUCCUUUGGCUAUUUUGUCAGCAAAGCCAAAACCAGGGUGUUCCGGGACACGACAGAGCCCAAGUGGGAUGAGGAGUUUGAGAUUGAGCUGGAGGGCUCCCAGUCCCUGAGGAUCCUGUGCUACGAGAAGUGCUAUGACAAGACCAAGGUCAACAAGGACAACAACGAGAUUGUGGACAAGAUCAUGGGCAAAGGGCAGAUCCAGUUGGAUCCACAGACCGUAGAAACCAAGAACUGGCACACGGAUGUGAUUGAGAUGAACGGGAUCAAAGUGGAGUUCUCCAUGAAGUUCACCAGCCGGGAUAUGAGCCUGAAGAGGACCCCGUCCAAAAAGCAGACUGGCGUCUUUGGUGUGAAGAUCAGCGUGGUGACCAAGCGGGAGCGCUCCAAGGUGCCCUAUAUCGUGCGGCAGUGUGUGGAGGAGGUGGAGAAGAGAGGCAUCGAGGAGGUCGGCAUCUACCGGAUAUCGGGGGUAGCCACGGACAUCCAGGCGCUGAAGGCUGUCUUCGAUGCCAAUAACAAGGACAUCCUGCUGAUGCUGAGUGACAUGGACAUCAACGCCAUUGCCGGCACCCUGAAGCUCUACUUCCGGGAGCUGCCCGAGCCCCUCCUCACAGACCGACUCUACCCAGCCUUCAUGGAGGGCAUCGCCCUGUCAGACCCUGCUGCCAAGGAAAACUGCAUGAUGCACCUGCUCCGCACCCUGCCCGACCCCAACCUCAUCACCUUCCUCUUCCUGCUGGAACACUUGAAAAGGGUUGCUGAGAAGGAACCCAUCAACAAAAUGUCCCUUCACAACCUGGCUACUGUGUUUUGGCCCCCACGUACUGAGGACCGUCGGAAGUGGAGAGCAAAGCACACCUCACGUCGGCUGCAGACAUCUGGUCCCAUGAUGGUCAUGGCCCAGGUCCAGGUCCUCCUCUACUACCUGCAGCACCCCCCCAUUUCCUUCGCAGAACUGAAGCGGAACCACACUGUACUUCUCCACUGACGUGUAGCCCAAGGCGGGAGCCGCUGGGGGCGGGGGGGGGGGGGGCGACCCGGGCCGGCCUCUCCAGCCAGGGGGCCCAACACGGACUUGAAAGACUCCCAUCGAAAACUCCCAAACCCAGUGCUCCAGCCUCCAAGGGAUACCGAUUUCCCCGAACUGGAAUCCGUGCAUCUUCCAUGCCGCCCUGUACAAAGCAGCCGCCCCCAGCCUCAGCGCCGCGCCCUGGGCCCUGCACUCUCUCCCUCUAGUUGUGUCUCAUGCCCCGUGCCGUUGGGGAACGGUUUCCUGCCUGUUUGUCCUGCAGAAAUGGUAGUGACCGGCCCAGUAUGGCAUACGGACAGCCUGCUUUGUUCUUUCAGUUCCUCCGACACUUGCCUCCCCGCCCCCUGCCCCCGGUCAGUCCAAGGGCUUUUAUUUUGCGCUCUGUCACUGCGGCCAGCUUAUCCUCUCUUGGCCCUGCUUCCCAGAUUGCAGUCUCCGGGCAGCGUCCCCUCGGUUUGCCUCCACCCUCCCCUUCCUCCCAGCCUGCCACAUGCAUGUGCAGCCUUGGUUUUCGCUCCAUCACUCUGGGAGCCGAGGAGGCCGUGGGCGGCAGCAGCAGUGGCCCAUCUGAGGCUGUGCCUGCUGCCCCCCCCCGGCCCCCCCCGGUCCCCCUCACCCAUCCGCCACCUGCGGAAGCACACCUGCUUGGCCUUGCUGCCUGUGCAAAUGUUGGACAGGGAGACAGCCUCACACUAAUCCUCAGCUUAGCACAGAGCUACAGAGCCGAUCUCUGGAAUUUCCACCUGACAAUCUCCAUUUCUGGGGUUUAAUCUGUUCUAUCUCCUGCCUCCUAGUGAGGCAUCUUUGACUGUUUCUUCUGCUUUUCAGUUCCUUUUCCCCUGGUGUUCUAUUUCCUUUGAGUGUCAAGACUCACAAGUGACCUGAUAUCAAGAGAGCCAGAGGGUCACGAAUGGGGGAAGGCGGGGGAGUCGGGCCACCGAGCGAACAAGACAGGUGGAACAUUCAGAGGGGUGCCGCAGAGCACUGGGGGCCCGAAGUUGUGGGAAAGCAGCUCUCGGCAGCAAGGCAUUCUAGUGGCUUUUCUAGGGGAGCCAGGUCUGUAGGAGCGCAACGAAUAUGGCUGAAGCAGGUGUCCGGAAACAGGCAGGCUCCGCCCAGGAGGCAGCCCUUUGAGGCACCACGCGUACCCUGCGGUGCCUUUGCCUUAGACUGUACAAUCCUCCACAGCCACGCAACUGCCACGGGGCGACCCCCACGGCCACGUGUGCUCCGGGGCCUGGCCGAGACCGGCGCGGGCCCCAGUAACCAGCCACCAUGGUGCUGCCUCCCUGCCCACAGCUUCCAGAUGUGGCCUGUAGGGUGAACUCUAGGAAACCCCCAGGUAUUGGGGAGUCACGAGCACCUGCCUCUCUUGGGACUGGGUUUUGCUGGGGACAUUCCUUGACGAUACCCUGCUCCAGAGAAGAGGAUCAGCAGGUUCUAGUCCCAACUCUGAGGCCCACCUCUCCAUGCCAGAAAGGAAUGAGGCAUAUCCUCCAAGCGCAGUUUUCUCCCAUCUGAGCCGCUGGCCUGGGAGGGCAAACGCUUCCGGGUGGCGGGGGCUUGAACACACAGCUUUCUGGCUCUCCUCGGUGGCAGAGAGCAGAUUCUAGGCCCUCCGGGUUGGAGAGAACACCUCCUUCAGCUUGUGCUCAGGCUAAGUUCUAAAGAAAAGUUUGCUGGCCCUAAAGCCAUAGCACCGGCUCGGUGAGAGGCGGGGCACUUUCCCAGGGUGUUUACACCCAUGGCCCAGUCUUGGGCAGAACGGUGCACGUUGUGUGCACACCAGAGGAAAGAAAUGCCUAAGAAGAGGGAAACGAUUCUGCCCACGUAGCUGUCUGCUAGCAGCUUAGCAAGGAGCCCUGCGGCCUGGGACAGGAGGUGGAGAAAGACCACCACUUGAGUCUAAAGAUCCCAGCCUGUGAUCAUCCCUGAAGUCUCUGCUCAGCACUCAGGAGUUGGUGUGUGGCAUGGAAGGUUCUCGCUUCAAAGCCAUUGAUGGUAGUGAACUGGAGGCCCAGCUAGAGCUAAAUACAGCCCCAAAUGGGUGUCUCCCACCUCCCCGAAACAAGAGGUUUGCUUCUCGGCAUCAGGUAGCUACCACAGCCCCCAAGCUGACUUAGGGAGGAAGGCUGAAGGGGCUGAGGGAAUGCAAAAGGCUCAGAAUAUUUAUGAAUUCCACCCCCAGGGUGGGGAGGGGCAGGUACCAGACAUGGACUAAGCUGCACCAAGGAAGGAGCCCAUGGGUUGUCCCGAGAGUCAGGGACCAUGCAGCCCAGAACCCCCGACCACUGUGCCCAGCAGGGCAGGCUAUGCCGAUGGGAGCCCAGCAGACAGGCCAUGGGGGCACAGGGACGCCUGUCCCUGCUGGCAACGGCUGUGGGCUGCCAGUUUUUGCUGAUACAGGUAGGGUGGGAACCUUCAUUAAUAUCUGACUUUAAUAAGUUGGUAAGGAUAUAUUUUUUUUUUUUUUGGUCUAUGUUCUGUUUCAACUUAUGUAGAGAUUAUUAUAAAUUGAUGUAAACCACAUGAGAGGAAAAUGUUAAUAAAAAAAAAAUGCAAAGCCCCAACAUUUGCACACAA